GAGUCUCGCUCUGUCGCCCAGGCUGGAGUGCAGUGGCACAAUCUCGGCUCACCACAACCUCCGCCUCCUGGGUUCAAGCAAUUCUCCUGCCUCAGCCUCCCAAGUGGCUGAGACUAUAGGCGCGCGCCACCACGCCUGGCUAAUUUUUUUGUAUUUUUAGUAGAGAUGGGGUUUCACCAUGUUGGCCAGGCUGGUCUCGAACUCCUGACCGGUGAUGCGCCCGCCUCGGGCCCCCAAAGUACUGGGAGUACAGGCGUGAGCCACUGCGCCCAGCCCUGAGUUAGAUUUUAACAAGAUCUCUCUGGCUGCUGUAUUGAGAAUAAAGUACUGGGGGCAAGAGUUGACACAGAGGCAACUUUUAGAAGGCUACUGCAAUAAUUCAGCCCGAGUAAUCGUGGCUUGUGGGAGAAGUGUAGGAAUGGAGAUGAGGAGAAGUCAGAUUUAGGAUAUAUUGUGUAUACAUAACGGAGAGGUGUAGUCAGAACAGAUGUGGAAGCAAGACAGGGCAAGGCUGACUCACGGCUUUUAGUCUGAGCAGCUGAGUAAAAAUGGUACCGUUUACAUCAAUAGGGAACGGUGGUGAAGGAGCAGGUUAGAGGGGAAACAGGGAGCAUGGCUUUGGACCCUUAACGUUUGAGAUUCGACAGAAACCCUGGUUCACGGAAUUGAUCCAAGCUACAUACUGAUAAUUGGGAUUUGUGAGUUACAAUGGCGUUGCAAGCCAUGAAACUGGUUCAGACCGGCUGAAUGAGCGGGACAGGAAGGGGCUGAAACACUUGAGUCUUUGUGAGAGCCCCAGCUCCAGAGGCAGCCUCGGGGGAAGCUCCCUGGGCGAUGACGGCGGUAAUGGAGCCGUAGGAGCUCCACGAGGUGCAGGUUCAGCGUCUUAAAAGGAUGAGCAGCGGCUCGCCACAGCUCGGAGGCGGGUGGGCAGCGCUCCAGGCCGAGGGCCCCGCGUCGGCAAAGACACAGGACCCACGACAAGGCGGCCACGGCCUGAGUCAAAAGGAGGGCCGCGCGCCUCCUCUCCAGCCCGCAGCAAGCGGGUGCCACGAGGCAUUCAGCCGGUCCCCGAAGUUCCUCUCACGCGGCCCCAAGACCACCACCGUAGUCCAGGCCAAGAAGCGCAGCCGGGACUCCCGAGGCCACGAAUGAGCCGAGAACCACCAGUAGCCGGCCAAGUCUCGCGAGAGCGCGGCCUCGCCCUCCCAGCAUGCCCCGCGCCGCCGACGCUGCCGCCGCCGCCGCCGCCGCCGCCGCCGCGCCGCGGCUUGAGGGCGGGAGGCUGGGGGAGGGUAGCGGAGCCGGCGCCGCCGCCAUGUUGGGUCUGAAGCGGCUGCUGUAGGCGCUAACGGAGCGAGCGGGCGUGCGGAGCGGGCGACAGUGGCGUGGGAUCUGCCUCUCUGCGAGCAGCUGGGAGCGGCGGCGGCGGCGCCAUGAGCGGGGGCACCCCUUACAUCGGCAGCAAGAUCAGCCUCAUCUCCAAGGCGGAGAUCCGCUACGAGGGCAUCCUCUACACCAUCGACACCGAAAACUCCACCGUAGCCCUUGCCAAAGUUCGAUCCUUUGGUACAGAAGACAGACCGACAGAUCGUCCAAUACCACCUCGAGAUGAAGUCUUUGAAUACAUUAUAUUCCGUGGGAGUGACAUUAAAGACCUUACUGUUUGUGAGCCACCAAAACCACAGUGUUCUUUGCCUCAAGACCCAGCUAUUGUUCAGUCUUCACUAGGCUCAUCGACUUCUUCAUUCCAGUCCAUGGGUUCUUAUGGACCUUUCGGCCGGAUGCCCACAUACAGUCAGUUCAGUCCAAGUUCCUUAGUUGGGCAGCAGUUUGGUGCUGUUGGUGUUGCUGGAAGCUCUUUGACAUCCUUUGGAACAGAAACAUCAAACAGUGGUACCUUACCCCAAAGUAGUGCGGUUGGUUCUGCCUUUACACAGGAUACAAGAUCUCUAAAAACACAGUUAUCUCAAGGUCGCUCAAGCCCUCAGUUAGACCCUUUGAGAAAAAGCCCAACCAUGGAACAAGCAGUGCAGACCGCCUCAGCCCACUUACCUGCUCCAGCAGCUGUUGGGAGAAGGAGUCCUGUAUCAACCAGGCCUUUGCCAUCUGCCAGCCAAAAGGCAGGAGAGAAUCAGGAGCACAGGCGAGCUGAAGUACACAAAGUUUCAAGGCCAGAAAAUGAGCAACUCAGAAAUGAUAACAAGAGACAAGUAGCUCCAGGUGCUCCUUCAGCUCCAAGGAGAGGGCGUGGGGGUCAUCGGGGUGGCAGGGGAAGAUUUGGUAUUCGGCGAGAUGGGCCAAUGAAAUUUGAGAAAGACUUUGACUUUGAAAGUGCAAAUGCACAAUUCAACAAGGAAGAGAUUGACAGAGAGUUUCAUAAUAAACUUAAAUUAAAAGAAGAUAAACUUGAGAAACAGGAGAAGCCUGUAAAUGGUGAAGAUAAAGGAGACUCAGGAGUUGAUACCCAAAACAGUGAAGGAAAUGCCGAUGAAGAAGAUCCACUUGGACCUAAUUGCUAUUAUGACAAAACUAAAUCCUUCUUUGAUAAUAUUUCUUGUGAUGACAAUAGAGAACGGAGACCAACCUGGGCUGAAGAAAGAAGAUUAAAUGCUGAAACAUUUGGAAUCCCACUUCGUCCAAACCGUGGCCGUGGGGGAUACAGAGGCAGAGGAGGUCUUGGUUUCCGUGGUGGCAGAGGGCGUGGUGGUGGCAGAGGUGGUACCUUCACUGCCCCUCGAGGAUUUCGCGGUGGAUUCAGAGGAGGUCGUGGGGGCCGGGAGUUUGCAGAUUUUGAAUAUAGGAAAGACAACAAAGUUGCUGCAUAGUCUACAAACAAGUCUCUGAAAAUAGGUGAAUUUCUAGCUCUUCAUGGUCCUGAACAUUGAUUUCAGUCUUUGCAAAGAAUGAAGAAGUGAAUUCGCUGUACAUUUGUCACCAGCACUGGGUUUUUGUUUUUUGUUUGUUUUUCCGCUUAAUUUCAAAGAUAAAAUGCAGUUACUUUUGGGGGUGGAAGGCUCAUCUUAAAACAUGAGCAUUAAAUAUAUUUGGAAUAGCAGAAGGUUAAGUAAUUUCUUAUGUAUAGUUAAACUAAAGCAGUACUUCAGUGGGACUUAACAAGUAUUUUUUCAUCACUGAAAGGUUUUUUUUUUAAUCACUAAAUUGUAUUUGGCAAUUGCAAGUUGCCUGCAGAUAGGGCCGUGAUACUGUGUUUUGAGCCACAGAAGGUUGUGUGUGUGUGUGCGUGUGUGUGUGCGUGUGUGUGUGUGUGUGUGUGUGUAUCUUUUUCCUCCUUUCUUUUGGGGAAUCCUAUAAUAUGAGGUUGCUUAUUUCGUCAAUUAAUUAGGGUGCUGGAUGGUAGAGAAUUUUGUCAGUCAACUAUGUACACACAGUAAAUACUGUUUCUUAGGCAAAGGUAACUUUUUUAUAUAGUUGUAAAAUUCCAUUAUAUUCCAUUGCCAAAGAAACAUUAAGAACUUUGUAUAGCUGUAUAAAAAGCAACUAAUUUUUUAAAGAAUAAACAUUUUAAAGUCAGCAAA